AUGACUCCCAACAAGCGCUCUCGCGCAUCCUCAAUAGCUUCCAACGAUGGCGCCACCGCCAUUGCUACCGCUGCCGCUGCCGCUGUCCCCUCGUCCAGUCAUGCUGCCAGCACCUUGCCUGCCUCGGGUCCACUCGUGCAUGCAUCUCAAGAUCUUGACGACUUCCAAGCCUCCUUCUGGAGAUACCAAAUGGACCUCGUAGAACAAGGUGGAGAUGCGGAUGGCAACAUUGUCGACUUCAAAUCCGGUUUGCCCACCCAAGGCCAGCUUCCGCUCGCGCGUAUCAAAAAAGUGAUGAAGUCCGACGAUCAAGUUAAGAUGAUCUCGGCUGAAGCACCAAUCCUAUUCGCACGCGCUUGUGAGAUCUUCAUCUCCGACUUGACAUGCCGCGCCUUUCUGAUCGCUGAAGAGCACAAGAGGAGAACGAUCCAGAGAUCCGAUGUCACCGGUGCUAUUGGUCGCUCAGACUUGUUUGACUUUUUGAUCGAUAUUGUCCCUCGACACGAGAGCGUCCCCAGCAGCAGACUGCCCGGCGGAGGCGCCGCCAGACGUGAAAAGACAGGCGAGGGAAGAGGUCUGGGUCGAUCCAACGCAGAUGCAAGCGCAAGCACAAAGCAACAACAGAACCAGGCUGUUUCAUACGACAAUCAUCUUUUGCACAGCAUGGCAGGUGCCUAUGACGAUGCAGAAGCCUCGUCUUCCACAACAGCGGCGUUAACAGAAGAAGGAGGGGCAGGAUCCUCAUCACAAUCGUACAACAUUCCUCACACUAGUAACGCAAACGUCAACGUCGGCCACACACCCAUGUCACAUUGGAUCCACGACAACUCAGCCGAUCAACACUCGUCCCAACCUGAUGAUCAUCACGCCACCCACUCGCACCACCACGCAGCAUCUUCCAUCCAUGCAUCACAUCCAGGUGGGGCGUCAGCUGCUCACGACCAUCAGCAACCUCAUCACCAUGCUCACCAUCACCAUCUCGCACAACACGCUGGCAGUCACCACUCGCACCACCAUUCACCGCUAGACUACGUCACCUCAUCGUCCAACGCUGGCACUCCCAACAGCAUUGGCGCUGGCAGUGCCACUGGCGGAGCCUGGCCGCACACCUUUUCUGGCUUCUAA